AUGUCAGUCUCGACUAUAGAAUUUGAUUCUUUACAACAACAAAUAAAAUCUGAUCAUGAACAUACACCUACAAUAAAUAAAUCAACAGACACGAUUCGACAACGAGUCGAAGAUCGUCAUUGGCAAUUAUUUGAAACACGUUUGAAAAAACAAUUACCAAAAGUAAAUAAAGAAAGUUAUACUAAUCCAAAUGAUUACCGUGUAAUUGAUCGUUUAAAAGCAGUCGAUCAACCACAACCGCCUAUUGAACCAAAUAGACGGUGGGAAACAUUUUGUAACCAAAUUACAAAUAAAUCAAAUGAAACACAUCUUCUUAUGUCUAUAUUUCAUCAUGUUUGGCUUAAGAAUUGGAAUACAAAACAAACAAAUGAAAUAGAAAAACGACUUUCGUCUGAUCCAACAUUAAAUAAAAAUACUUUUGUAAAUCAUAUAUCACCAAAUGGUAAUGAUCGACAAGUAAUUUCCUCAAUACUUUAUCGAACUACUUCAUCUGACAAAGUUUCUGCUGAUAAAGAUAAAAAUAUGUAA